CUUGUCCCCGUCGGACUCCAGCUUUUUCCCGACCCGGUAACAGAUCUCUUGUUAUACAGACAUUGACCUGUUGCCCUUUGCGUCUCGUCAUCAGCUCAGAUCGCCGACGAUCGACCCCUAGCGCGUGCCUCCCUCUUUGAGCUGCUCCACUGGUGCCGUGGAACAAACCGAAACGCAAGCGAGGCGAGGGGAUUCAAGAUUCGAGCAAGGGAGCUGAUCUGUACUGCGUUUUACUUUAUUUAUGGUGUGCCCGCACCUCCACCCGAGACAAUCGGCUUCCCCAUUGAUCGACAGCGUCUGGCGUUCUUUUGUCUUGCCCGUGCGCGUCUACAACAGUCUUAUCCUCCACUACAGGCGCACACACAACUGAGCUUCCCGGUCGCCUAUCGGCAAAAAGUAGUGUGGAACGACAAGGACGACAAGGACGACAAGGACGACAGCGUAUUAUCCGGCUUCGCUCGACACUGCGACUGUCGACGGCCGAACCAUACGCAUCAUGGCGGCUGAGGGACUCGGACAAGUGGUGUCAUGGUACAUCUGUACCGUCGUAGCCGUGGGGUUUCUGAUUGCCCGUCUCAUCGUGCGGUGGCAGCGCCUGGCGGCACUCUACCUCGAGGAUGGCCUGCUAUGCCUGGCAGCAUGCUGCCUCAUUGGCGACCUCAUCAUCCAGCACUACAUGUGGACGCUGGGCCUCGCGGAGCCCCAGGCCAGUGUCAGCUUCGAGAACUUUGUCAGCAUGAUGAAGAUGAUUAUACCCGGCUCGACGCUCUACGUCACCUCGCUGUGGCUCAUUAAGCUCGCCCUCGUCAUCUUCUACAAGAAGAUUGCCGCGCCUGGCACAAAGAUGCAGCUGGCGUACAAUAUCACGCUGGGAUUUCUGGUCUGCUCGUGGCUGGUCAUCUUCUUCGACAUCAUGUUCCAGUGCUAUCCCCACGACAAGCGGUGGUCCAUAGAUCCGUCAUAUCAAUGUGAUCCCAAGCAGAGCGAGAUCAACUACUGGUUGACGGUAAUCCUCAAUAUCUUCUCUGAUAUUGUCAUCAUCUGCUUGCCCGUUACCAUGGUCAUGAAGCUGCAGAUGAAGAUGAAGCAGAAGAUUGGAGUCGCCGGCAUCUUUGCGCUCGGUAUCUUCGUCGUCAUUGCAAGCAUCAUCCGUGCCUACUACUCCCACAAUGGUGCUCAGAUGAUCACCUGCACCGUCUCGAUGAUUGAGGCCGCCGUGGCCAUCGUGGCAGCUUGCUUACCUCCUCUCCGCUCCGUUAUCCUCGGCCACACAACGACACAGUCAAGCUCCUACGCCAAGCGCUACGAGCUGUCCUACGUGAACCGCAAGUCCACACGGACGCCGGCGUCAUCAUGGUCAACACGACGAUUGAGAUGGAUAAGAGCGAGGCGUAUACGUAUACCAGCGGCGAGGGACGGAGAUGAGCGGCGCGAUGAGGUUACAAUGUUGCUGCCGAAAACUCGUUUUUUUUCUGUUUUGCCACACGAGACCACUCCUAGAUGAUAGCAUACUUGCCUUGCGAUUUGGCAUUACUUCAAGUAUACCCCCAUGUUUUUUUUUUAGAUUACAACACCUGCCAUUGCAAGAUACAAUCCAUGAAUAUAGAUCUCUGAGCCUCCUUCUGCUCCAUGUCGAGCUUCCCCCGCGUGAAUAUUGCCCCUGUGCCUAUCACAUCAGGUCACCCCUUAGCCGCUAAUGCUUGACUCGCCGGAAAAUCGUCAUUCGGA